AUGAGUCGCCAAGAUCGGGCCCCAACGGCUCCAUACAGCGAGCCAUUGCUGCCCCAACUCGACAUUAAAAACCCCUACUAUACCGACCUCCAUCACAACCUCCGCGCUUACGUUCGCGACUACGUAGAAUCAUCCAUUGCGCCCUACGCCCAUGACUGGGAAGCCGCAGGACAAGUGCCCGAGUCCGUCCGCCGGCGUCAUCACGAGCUCGGGUUCGGAGUCGUGCAUCCUCUGACAACGCCCGGAGAUGCCGCUGGCUUGUCUCUUCCUAACAAUGUGCCGCGCGAGAAAUGGGAUACGUGGUGCGGACUCAUUGUUGCCGAUGAGCUUAUUCGAACCGGGUAUGUAGGCGUGGUUUGGGGACUGGGUGGUGGGAAUAACAUCGGUUGUCCGCCGAUUGCGCGGUUUGGGACCCCAGAACAGAGGCUGAGAUGGCUCCCGGGGGUGGCUAGGGGGGAUAUCCGGUUUUGUUUGGGGAUUACGGAGCCUGAUGCUGGAUCAGAUGUUGCUAAUAUCAGCACGACGGCAAAGCAUGAUGGUGACUAUUACGUUGUCAAUGGGGCGAAGAAAUGGAUUACCAACGGGAUCUGGGCCGACUAUUGCACUGCUGCGGUCCGGACUGGAGGGCCUGGGAAGGGCGGGAUCAGUUUACUUGUGAUUCCUCUGACUGCACCUGGAGUGAGCCGCAGGCGGAUGUAUAAUUCUGGAGUUCAUGCGAGUGGGUCCACAUUCAUCGAAUUCGACGAUGUCCGGGUCCCGGUGGACCACCUUAUUGGAGAGGAAAACAAGGGUUUCCCGCUCAUCAUGUCAAAUUUCAAUCCCGAACGCCUUAGCCUCGCUUGUUCUGCGUUGCGUCUAGCUCGUGUUUGUGCCGAAGAUGCCUUCCACUACGCUGUGCAGCGUGAGACCUUCGGCUCUCCUUUAAUACAAAGACAAGCUAUACAGUCGAAAAUUUUCAAGUUUGGGCUCAUGAUUGAGCCCGCCUAUGCAUUCAUGGAACAGCUUGUUCACAUCAUCGAGCUCACCAAGGACAGACCGACCGACGACGUGAGAAUCGGUGGUAUGACCGCUUUACUCAAAGUGAUGUCUACUAGGGCCCUUGAGAAAAGUGUUCGCGAAGCCCAGCAGGUACUGGGCGGGGCUGGUUAUAAUAAGGCCGGGAAGGGGGCGCGUAUUGAGCAGGUUAGUCGUGAUGCUCGGGUUCAUGUUGUUGGAGGUGGAAGUGAGGAGAUCAUGAUGGGGCUUGCGUUGCAAGAGGAGACAAAAGCACUUCGCACGAGGCGAAAAGCUCUGGAGAAGAAGGCAAGGCUUUAA